AUCUUGACCCCAAUGACUGGUUAGGACAUCACAGAGACAACAACAAUGAUAGCUUUGCUGCUGCUGGUGCUGGUCGCUCACUCCUUUGCUCUGCCUCUGCCGUCUGAGAACAAAGACAACUGGCUUUUAGCAGAGAAGUACCUUCGUCGGUUCUAUGACCUUCCAGCUGGUCUCCAAGGUAGACAGAGGUUGUCAGGUGCCUUUGAGACCAAGAUCAAGGAGAUGCAGAGAUUCUUCAAACUCAAGGUGACAGGGAAUCUGGAUGACAACACUUUGGAGCUGAUGAAACAGGCCAGAUGUGGCGUCCCAGACAUUGGAGAGUACAACCACUUCCCUCGACACCUCAAAUGGCAAAAUAACAAUGUCACAUUCAGGAUAGUGAAUUAUACGCCAGAUCUGAACAAGAAUGAUGUAAACAGAGCCAUCCGCAAAGCGCUGAACAUUUGGUCUGAUGUCACCCCACUGACCUUUAAGAAGCUGUACAAGGGAAACGCCGACAUUAUGAUCAGUUUUGGAACAAAAGAGCAUGGAGACUUUAACCCUUUUGACGGGCCUGAUGGAUUGCUGGCUCAUGCCUACCCUCCCGGCCAAGGCAUCGGAGGAGACACUCACUUUGAUGAGGAUGAACACUGGACCAAAGAUUCAUCAGCUUACAACCUGUUUAUAGUGGCAGCCCAUGAGUUGGGCCACGCCCUCGGUAUGUCCCAUUCCUCAGACCCGGGCGCCCUGAUGUACCCCAUCUACUCGUACACUACAGGCUACCCGCUGUCUGAAGAUGACAUUGAAGGCAUUCAAGCUCUCUACGGCCCAAACCCGAACCCAAGAAAAGUGAAGCCGAAGCCUGACGCGCCAAACAAAUGUGACCCCACGUUGAGUUUUGAUGCUGUCACAGAGCUCAGAGGGGAAACCUUCAUCUUCAAAGACAGAUUCUACUGGCGUCUCCAUCCUCAGAUGCCGGAGCCUGAGCAGACACUGAUCAAGUCCACGUGGCCCUCCAUCCCCAACAAGGUGGACGCAGCAUACGAGAACUCAGAGAAGGAUCAAGUCAUCAUAUUUAGUGGGAUCCGAAUGUGGGCUUUGAAUGGAUAUGACAUUGUGGAUGGUUACCCAAAGUACAUACACAAACUUGGACUUCCCAAGAAAGUAAGGAAAAUAGAUGCGGCUGUGCACAUCGGAGACACAGGGAAAACUCUACUAUUCACUGAUGAGGACUAUUGGAGCUAUGAUGAAGCAACAGGCACCAUGGACAGUGGCUACCCACGAUCCUUUGAGGAAGAUUUUCCUGGGAUGGGUGACGAGGUCGACGCUGCUGCUUAUCACUAUGGAAACUUGUAUUUCUUCCAUGAAAACAUACAGUACGAAUACAGUUACACCACGAGGAAGGUCAUUCGCAUCCUGACGACCAACUCCCUUCUCAACUGCUGAUGAGGUGGUCCGCAAAUGUCAGCAAUGGCUUGAAAAUAUAUGUGUCUGCAUGGCACACAACACAUCUGCGCAAUAAACAAACUACACGCAUACAUAUUAAAAAUGAGACAUAGGAAGAUGCAGUUCAUUGAAUGAACAGGGAAAUGGAGACAUGCAUGAUAGAGUUGACCUGUUAGAGUUAAAUAGGUUUUUGUCAAGUAAAGAAAAAAAAGAUGAUUUUUACUCGUGCUGGACACCUGUAGGUCAUAUCAUUUAUCAGACACAGAAUGCUGGAAAAUUCAUCAGAAAUACACGUCCUUAGAUUAUUGCUAUUUAUUUACAUCUCUAUAUUUGUACUACAUGAUUGGUCAGCGAGAUCCUUAGUAGGUUAAGUUUCUUGUCACUAACAGUACGCUUGGGUGGUUUGAGGGCUCAUUAUUUGACUAUUUGUUUCAUUAACUUUAAUAUUUUAACAAAGAGCUUAGCAUUAAUAUAUUCUGUAUUUGUCCUCAGAUUUUUGUAAGGUUUGUGAAUUAUAAUAAAAGCAGAGAAAUUAAAGCUAGAAUCAUGAUCUUGGAGUUGAAGAGUUGAACAUGAAGUAAUGUUGUCCCAUUGAGUGACAUUUUGAGAGAGUUCCAACAUACAAGUAUUACCCUCAACAUUGCAGACCUUACUCUGCACAAAUAGAAUAUUUUUUGCAUAUUGGGUAUGCCAAAGAUGAGGUUUAACACUUGACAUGAAAAAUCAGAUCUCUUAAAAUACUGCUUUUACCAAAUGUCAUUUUAGUGACAUAUUUUGACGUAUGUGAAUUUUCUUGUCAGUAUUUUCAAAAACUUUUGGUAAAUGAUUUAUUAAACAAAACAUAAAUAAACUAA